AUGGAUGAGGAUGUUCCCACCGUGGAUGGUGAUGGUCUCACCAUGGAUGAGGUUGUUCCCACUAUGUAUGAGGAUGUUCCUACCAUGGAUGAGGUUGUUCCCACCAUGGAUGAGGACGUUCCCACUAUGAGCCCCAGCCUCCUGGAGAGCAGGAAUUCCCUGCUGGACCUCAUGGAGCUCAUGGGGAACUUCUCCUCCUCCUAUGGUGAAGAUGAUGGUGAUGAUGGCAGCAAUGAGACCUCUCUGGACUAUGGGGCCGCGCCGUGCCAUAACCACUACUGCUCCGUCUUCCAGCGCGUGGCUCCCCCGUUCCUGGCUGUCACCAGUGCCAUGGCCGUGCUGGGCACCGCGGCGCUGCUGCUGGCACUGGUCAAGCGGCCUCAAUGGCCACAGAGCCGGGCGCUGGUGUCGCAGUUGGCCAUGGGCACGGGGCUGUUCGCCGCGGUGCUGCCGGCUGUGGCGCUGGGCAUUGGGCAGGGCUGGCGCCUGGGCACGGCUCUGUGCCGGCUCAUGCACCUCCUGUGGUACUGGAGCCUCUUUGCCCAAGGCCUCUUGGUGGCCUCCGGCUCCUGCGGCCGCUUCUGGUGCCGUUGGGAUGCGCGGAGCCGGCGCUUGGCCGUGGCCGUGUGGGCCCUGGCGCUGCUCUUGGCAACACCAGGGGCUCUCAGCAGCGGCACCACGGCGGUGCCGGAGCCGAGCUGCCUCCGGCGCAGCGUGGACCUCAUGUCCCCGGUGAACCUCCUGCACCUCGGCCUCUGCUUCUGCCUCUUCCUGCUGCUGCCGGUGGCAGUGCCCAUGGCCACGCUGGCCGUGCCGCGGUGGAGGGCGCGCCGGGCGCCGGAUCUGGCCGCGAGCUGGGUGUUCCUGGUGCUGUGGGUGCCAUAUGGUGCAGCGCUGGUCAUGGAGCUGCUCCUGCACAGCCAGGUCCUGCCGCAGACCUGCGGCACCUUCCAGCACUUCGACUACGCGCUGGGGCUGAGCGAGGCGCUGGGGCUGCUGCACUGCUGGAUGGGGCCCACCGCGGUGCUGCUGGCUGCAUGGCUCUGCCAAGGCAUCACCAUGGGGUGA